AUGGAUGUCGUGGACGAGAACCAGGGCUCGCAUGGAAUAAUUGGGUCGCCGGUGCGACGAAAGGUAUCGGCUGCCUCCCACGCUGCUUCUUCCGCCUCUCCCCUAGCGGAGCGAGCGCGAGACGCUCAGGGGGUGGUGAUGGAAUCGCAGCGGCAGGCUGCUGGGGGGAAAAAGGCCGUUAGCGGUCGCUCGUCGACGGGAAGCAACAGCGCGUCGAAGCGCGCUAGGCGGACGGGGAAAGAGCCCCACGGGUCGCGCAGAGAGACGGCGAGCAACUUGGAGCUGGCGGGUGUUUUGGAAGCCCUCGGUUCGCCGUCGACCGGAGAAGUGGUGAUGGAGGAGGCGGCGGUAGGGGGCGAAGCCGUCGCGGCCUGCGCCAAGAAGUCGAGGAUGCGGCACAAACGCCGGAUGACCGCCGACAUCUUGGACAUCAACAACAUCUUCGACGACAGCAUGUCCAGUGAUGGGCCGGCCGCUGCUGCUGCUGCCGCCGCAGCUAUGGCGGCGGCUUCGCCGCCGCCGCGGACCGGCCCUGCACAAGCGGCGUCCCCCGCCGGCGGCAGCUUGACGAGCAGCGUCUACGAUGGCUUGGACUAUGUCUCCUCCCGGUCGUCUGGCAGCAGGCGCAGCAGCUUGGAAGGGGGCGGCGGUGCCGACCAGAUGAUGGCCGGCGCCGAGGAGGCCGACGGGGGGGACGAAACCGCCGACUUCUCGGCGAUCUUCAAGCUCGUGGCGCAGGGAACAACGCCGGCGGGGAAGAACACUCGAACGCCUCCCGGGGAAGGCUCGCAGGCUGUCGGCGCCGGCGUCGGUAGUAGUAGCACUCCACCACCUGCCGGACCCCCGAGGGCGAGGCACCACAGCAACCAGAAGCCCGGUCGCGACAGCUUGGCGCAGGGCCUCGUUGAGCCCGCUUCUCUGCCGCCCGGGGCGUUGGGGAGGGUAGGGAGCGGCGCCGGCGGGGUCAAGGAGGUGGCUCCUGCCGCCAACAACCCUGCGGCUCCUACGGAGCGGGUGCGGAGACCGAAGCAUUCCAUCUCGAGGGAGACGCCGCCGGACAACUGGGAGCACAUGGCGGUGCCGACACCGGGCCCGCGGCACCGUGACAGCCUCCGGCCGUCGCACCAGCCUACCUUCCAUUCCCCCAACGCCGACAGUGCCGCAAGCGGCACCUCUGGUACCCCCGGCAGCGGCAGCGGGGAAACCGGCGAUGUCGGCAAGCUCUUGGCGGAUCUGUCGGCCAACAGCAUGAUCAGCUCUGCGGGUGGAGGUAGCGAUGAGGAAGACGACGGCCAGUACACGGCCAUGAACGUUGACGCGGUCAUGGCGGAGCUCGAGUCUGACGGGAUGGGGGGCCGGGGGGAGGUGCGGGGCUGCGAUGAUCAUCCGACAGCCGUCGACAUGGACGCCCGGGUGGCGGAGCUUGCGGACGGCGGUGGCGGCGGCGGCACUGGUGGCAAGAAGAAGCGGCGGAAUACCGCCGAAAAGUUGACCGUUGACUCGUUGCUGGGGUCGUUGGAUAGCCCCCCCGUGCAGUCCUCCGGUGGGACACGCUUAGCGGGGACUCCCCGAGAUUCAGCUGAGGGUGGGGGCGCGACGCCGCUAGGUGCGGCGGAACCGAGCGGCGUUGCCGCGACGAGCGAACAGCCCGCCGUUCUUCUUCCCAAGGCAGCAGCAGACGCCGUGGCUUUGGGCGAUGGCUCGUCGUCUCUGGCUUCCUCUUCCCCUGGCGAGCAGGGCGCCGCCGCGGCUGCAACUCCCGGGAGCGGUAGGUCGGGCGCGACGGCUGUGUCCAUGCGCGGGGUAUUCGAGCCUAUAAGCCCGUCGCUUGGGGGCUCCGCGGAUGGGGAGGGUGUGCCUGUCGGUGGCGGGUGUGUGGUCACCCCGCGGUUCGACCGCCGCGUCAGCGGCUCUGUCGGUGGAGGGAGGAAGGACAGCGGUGGGACGGCGGGAAACGGGUCGGUGUGUGGGCUGUUGGACUCGACCCCUUCCCCCGGCGGUGGUUUGGACCAGAGCUUCGGUGAAGGGGAGGGGAGGGGGAAGCUCCCACCGAUGACGGGCAGGGCGGGAGCGAUCGCAGCAAUAUUGGACAGCGGGACCCGCGGUCGCAGAAGCAGCGCCAAAGCGGGGAAGAAUGGGCGGCGAAACACCUGCGAACCCGAGGAGUUCGGUGACGUCAUCGCGGACUUGGACUCUGAACCGGACACCCCGGCUUCCUCUAGAGACCAUUCCCGCGUUGGCGAGGACGCUGCGUCUCCGCAGGAGAAGGGAGAACCUGUGGAGACCCUCUCCACCCCUUCGAGCAGCUCCAGCCUCGACUCUUCCCCGGAAGCAUCAGGGCCGGCGGCUCAACAAGCGGAGCAGGAGGCGGGGGCUAAGGCCGGUGCCGGGGGCCCGGAAGAGAGUAUGGAUGUGGACACGGACGAAGACUCUUUCGACUCCCCCGGAGGCGGCUCGGAGGACGAGAACAAGCCGAAGGAGAGGGACGAUAGGAGGUCCACCGCUUCUCCGACUACGCUAGGCGCGCUCUUGGAAGACCUGGGGGCACAGGGCGAGGACGAGACCGACGAGCACGGUACGGUCAACUCCACCGAAGGUGUCAAGGCGUCUCCUCCACAAGAAAACGAGAGCGGCCCUUCCGAUGAUGGGGUUGAGGAGAACACGUCCCCGAUAAUCACCCACACGCCGUCUCCGCCGGUGGCCCGCCGGACGCGGUCCAAGAGCCCGGCAUCCAUGAAGCGGGCCAACGUGGGUGAGGUAGGCUUGGCCUCGCCUCGCCCCGCCGCGAGCGCCAGGAACAAGAGGAGCUCGAUGUCCAUUUCCGCGUCGCCGGCCUCAAAGGUGUCCGCCCCUCAGCCGGCGCCCGAAUCCGCCCGCGGCCGCCUCAAGAGCUGCCUCAGCUCCCGCAAGCGCGCCCGCGGGGGCCCCGCCGGGGUAGCGUCUUCCUCGGGCCGAUCGCCCUCGGCUUCCCUGGGAACUCCGGACUUGACCAAUUCUGCUGGCACCGACGGUAGCCUGGCGAUGGCCGGGAGCUCUCCUUCACCCUCCCGCGGCGGGGGCGCCGCGGCCGGCAGCGGGGUGAUAGCGGGGGCACCCCACGGGGUUAAGACUCCCGGUCCUUCGUCGGGUGUGAGCGGCGGCGGCGGCGGCGGCGGCAGGGGGCCGGCGUCGGACAUGGGCCUGGAAACCCCGCGGCGCGUGAUGUUCGGAGCGCCUAUGGCGGCGGAGUUCAACCACCUGAGCCCGUCGAACCGCCUGACGCCGAUGCCCAGCCGGGACGCCAAGAGCCUGUUCCCCCUGGAGAAGCAGGAAGAAGCGGAGACGGACGAGGACGAGGACACAGCGGCUAACAGCGCGCAGCUGGCGGAGUGGGAAGGCGUGGAGCCGAUGGGAGAGGGCGACCUGGAGUUCGACGACUUCGAUGGCGUCAACGGGGCUGGGAGCAUGUUCUCUCCGGAGCAGGAGGCCUUCUCGAAGGCUUCUCCCAGAUGAUUAGUCAGUUCUGAUGAGACGAACCAACUCGUCGUGCCAGAUCGCCCCCCCCUCCUCCUUCGGGAGGAAGUUGGUGAUCGCUGCUUGUCCUGUUGGUGCUGCAGCGGAGCCGGAGCCUUUUGCCUUCGCGUGCUUGAUCGCGGUGUGUGCGUCCCUGUGUCCAACCUUGGAGGUGUCCAGAUGGGCCAGGAGAUUGGUAGGCGACCCUCCCUUGAACUUGGUCUCUGCACAGUGAAAGUCGCCGUUUGCCACGCACAACUGACAGAUCGCGAUGCCCGAAUGGCAUGGGUUCCGAUACACCCUGAAAUGCUUCCACACCGGGUGUGAGGCAUUCGGGGGCUUGGGCAGCUUCGGCUCCAUCUUGACCCUCUCCACCUUCGCAGCCCGCUCGUUUUUCUUCGAACGCUCUGCUGUCUCUGUGUCUGAAACUGGUUCUACUGCAACCACCGGCGUGGAGGACCCUCCAUCCUGGUCCGCUGCUGGUGGGGUACUCAUGGGGUGUUCGGCUAGUGUUCGGUGU